UGCGCAUCGAUCGGACGGUCCACGACGAACUGUACUUUCUUUAACAACUGAACCCCAUCUCGAUAACACGACACCCUUCUCCUCUGCUCGGGUGACACUUCUCCAGCGACGAGCAGUCUUCUUCUGAUCGCACCGCGUUGCAGACAGUCUCUCUCACUCUUGCCUUCUCCGGUCCCUUGUCAUGGAGUGCUUAAAGACAAACUUUAUAAGAAAGUUGGAGCUGGUGCAAAAUCACACAGUUCUAUGUAAUCCAUCAGAUAGAUUAUGGACAGUCCCAAGAAGACUGGCAUAUUCACGUCAGCGUUCUGCUUGUUAUCGAGAAUGUCAUGCAUAUUUUAGUAAGAUAUACCCUGCAAAAUCAUGCUUUUAUGGACGUAAAUCUUCAAGGGCCUUUUCCAUAAGCUUGGGUGAGGAGCCUUCCUCGUUAUCAGAGGUGGAAAACAUAAGUGAUAUUGAUGACACUGUGCCAACUGAUUCUUCUGAGGAGGUCUUGCCACAAAAGUUGAAGUCUGAUGAGUUGAAGGCACUGCUGGUUGACACUGAAAGAAAAAAGCUUUUGAAGAAACUCAGCGAAGCUAAUCAAUACAACAGAUUUCUCAAAAGACAGUUGCUUAUGGAAGAGGAUGCAAUAGCCAAGUUCAAAAAUGAACUUGCUGUCUUGGAGCUUGAACUUCAGACUUUGGUUAGCUUAGCAGAAGAGAUAGCUAAUAGUGGGGUUCAGCCUGAUUCGAGGAAGAUAAAUGGGAGAUACAUUCAAUCCCAUCUCCUUGCCAGAUUAGAAGCGAUCCACGGAAAAGUUAAGGAGCAGAUAAAGGAUGUGGACACUUUGAAGUUUGAGGUUUCUUUAUUCUGGGUUGGGAUGGCUGAGAGUGUCCAUGUUAUGGGUUCCUUUGAUGGUUGGACUCAAGGAGAGGAGAUGCCACCAGAGUAUACUGGUGACUAUGCCAGAUUUUCAGCUACCCUCAAACUUAGACCUGGGAGGUAUGAGAUCAAGUUCUUGGUGGAUGGGGAGUGGAAACUAUCUCCUGACUUCCCCACCAUUGGUGAGGGAAUCAUGCAAAAUAAUUUGCUAGUUGUGGAGCAGAAUAACUGAACAUUGCAUAAUAGCCAAAAUUCGUAAAGUCCUCACUUUUUGUUUAAUGAAGAGCUAUUCUACUAGGUGCCAACGAUAGCUUGUCAUCCUACUCAACAGUAUUUGUAUUGUCUUGAUAUUUCAGAUAUGGAGCAACCUCAAAGUGAUAUAUUGUUAAAUUUUCUAGCUCUGUUGUCUGUUUGCAAUUUAUCAGUGCCUGUUUGCAGUUCCCAAAGGGUUUCUUGGUUUGAUUAUAUCAUCAAUCCUGAUU